GCGUUCCUGGAGCUGCAGCUGUCAAAACUUUAAUAUUCUCUCUCUCGGUCCACUUCAAGUCUACAAACGCCCAAAUCGUGUGUACGACGUCUCUGUCAAGCUGGUUUUCUCUCUCUCUCUCGUGAGCUUCUCCGAUUGAGCCCCUAGCUCCGUCCUGUGUGCUUGACUGAGAGUAUAUCUUGAGUGUGACCUCGUCGUAGCCAUCAUGACCGACCCUACCUCUGUCCGCAGACCAUUCCCGCAGUCCGAUACCGAGUUCGCAGAUGACGAGCGCGUCUCCUUCUCCCAGGCCGACAACGCCUACAUUCUUGAAGCUGAAGACCAGACCGAGUGGAUCUUCAACGAUGCUGCGAAGAAGUGGAUGCCUCAGAUCGAUGAAGAAGAAAAGGAGCAGCAGAUGCAGGCCUAUCAUGUGCCGGGCGUAGCUGAAGAUGAGCCUGCCGUCUCCAACAAGAAGCGCAAGCAAGAUGCCGACGGCGACCAGGCUGGUAGUAAGAAGAAGCGCACUGAGCCCGAGCGCAAGAACACCGCUGUCUACGUUACCAAGAUCCCACUGGAUGCUACUGUAGAGGAGAUUCACAACGUGUUCUCCAAGUGUGGCAUGAUCGCCAAGAGCGUGGACACGGAUGAGAGCCGAAUCAAGAUGUACGAGGAUGAGGAGGGCCAUUUCAAGGGCGACGCACUCAUCUCUUAUUUCCGCGAGGAGUCCGUGUCGCUUGCCAUCAAGAUGCUUGACGACGCACCGUUUCGCUUUGGCGCUCCAAAGGAGCAGGAGAAUAUGCGCGUCACCGCGGCCGAUUUCUCGUACAAGAAGGAGAAGGGCGUCAAGGACGGCGAGGAUGGCGCAAAGCCGAAGAGUAACAAGAUCAAGCGCAAGAUCCAGCAGCAGUACACCAGCAUGGCCGCCAAGCUCGCAGACUGGGACGACGACGAUCCGCAGACUCUCCAACAGACAUCGUCGCGCUUCGACAAAGUCGUCGUCAUGAAGCACAUGUUCACCCUCCACGAGCUCGAGGAAGACCCGGCCGCGCUUCUCGACAUCAAAGAGGAAAUCCGCGAGGACUGCGCCAACUACGGCACCGUGACCAACGUCGUCCUCUUCGACAAGGAGCCCGCCGGCGUGGUGACGGUGCGGUUUGGCACGGCGGAGGCGGCGCGCGCAUGCGUGGCCAAGUGCGACGGCCGCUCCUUUGCCGGCCGCUUCGUCGAGGCGUACAUUGCCGACGGCUCGGAGCGCUUCCGCAAGACGAGCAACCAUGCCCGCACCGACGAGGACGAGGCGGAGGAGGAGGCGCGGCUGGAGAAGUUUGGCGACUGGCUCGAGGCGCAGGAGGCUGAGCAGCGAUAGGGGCUUGGUCCUGGCUGCCUCUGAUAUAACCUUCCUUUCUUCUCCCUUGUGUCUUUGUGUGUAACUAGCGGGGCAUUCUGGCAGCAGUGGCGGCAGAGGUGGCAGCAGCGACGGUGUUGUCGGCGUCCUGGGUGUUUGGUUCUGGAUAGGAUAGGAUGGGACAGGGUGGGACAGGCAGGGUAGGGUAGGAUAGGACAGCGUAGCAUUUCCGUGGCGCCCUGAAUACACAUACACACAUCCAUGCAAUCGUAUACACAUUCAAACCCG